UUCUUUACAGAAAGGCCAUGUAUGCUGGUGCUCUUCCAGUCAGCACCACCCUUGCUCAUCUCGAAUCUUAUUCGCCUUCCGCGAACCUGAGCAGCAGGUUAAACCGUGGAAGUGAAACCGAGACCAACAGAGGAAGUAGUCCAGCCGCCGGCGGCUACCUGUUCAUGGUCUCACGGAGACAGAGGAAGUAGUCCUCGCUUCGUCUUCCUCCGUUCCCCGUAGUCGCAGCCGCCGCGGCUGCUCCGUCCCAUGCCUCAUGGCCUCGUGCAUGACGUGGCGCCCAGACCUGACACACAUCUGCUGACGUAGAAUACAAAUCAUCACUUUCUCCGCCUAUAAAUAGUGCGGUUACCAAUGUGGCAAAAAGCAAGCUAGCUCCGGCCUCCGGCCGGCUCUCGCACACCGCGCCAGAAGCGAUGGACCUCGGUCGCCAUGGUUUCCUCACCAAGCUCGGCUUCGCGGCGCUGACGGGCAACUCCGCGCUGGUUAUCUACAGGUCGCGCGGCGACCCGAGCUCCGUCGCGUUCGUGGCCGGCGCCUACGCGGCCAUCUUGCUGCUCUUUCGCUUCCUCCGCAGGUUCGAGCGUGGGGAGGGGGACGUGGGCAGGACCAAGGCCGCGGUUUGGCUCCUUACCACGCUGCUCACGGCGAUGUUCGCGUCACGCGUCGCACCGCUGAUGCCGACGGCCGUCGGUAUCGUCGUGUAUCUGACGGCGGCGGCGACCGCUGGUGCUGGGUUCCGGGCCUUCUUUCUCAACCCGUGAAGUUCUGAUUUCUUCACGCCGAGCAGAGAAUGGAGCAAAGGAAUAGCGUGUGAAAUUUUCCUUUGCCUACCGUUUUAGAGGAAAACUGCACGAAACUUAACAUCCAGUAGGAACAGAGCAAAGGAGUAACGUGUGAAAUGUAAGCGUUGCAAUAACAAGUAAAG